GCCUUCAUGUCGUUUCUGACUUAUGAGGACCCUAACCCUGUCAUAGGGAUUUGUUCGGAAGAGGUUGACCAUGGCCUUCCCGUACCAUUCAAAUACAUAAUGAGGAAAAUACAGACAUACACUUUUCAAGGCAGUGCUCUCACCCUCAGAUUCCUUCCCCCUCUUGCAGAAACAGGUCCAGGCCCUGAUUCUCAGGGAGAGCUGGCAACCUGACUUAACGCAAGAGCUGGAAUUCAACCAGGGAACGGCCGCAGAACCAGAGAAACCUUCCAAACAAGGCAGGUGUUCUGCCUUCAUGAGAGAAAGAAAUGAAUGUCACGCUCAGCAGCCAUCCUGGAAUCCAGGGCCUGACUCCAACCCACUCUCUUCUGUAGCCAGCCUCCAUCCCUCGCGCUCAAGCCAUCUCCGCAAAUAAACAAAAGGAGGAGGAUGGCGAGAAAAGGAAGGGCAGGUUGAGAGUCCGUUGGGGAAGCCCCACCCUACCUGAGCUAACAGGGCACCCGCCCUGGCUACAGGGACGGUUAUAAAUCAGCCCCGAGCUUUGGGUGCCUCUAGGGCUCUGCCAGAAGCUACAGACGUGCUCCGGAGAGGAAAGAGAGGCCGAGAGAGAGAGAGAGACGGAAAGAAGGAGUCCCAGGUUGUCCCGCGACUCCAAAAGCGACACUCGGCUCGAACGUGGGUGGCAAAUAUGUCGAUGGGCUUGGAAAUCGGCGGCGUGGCCCUCUCCGUCCUGGGCUGGGUGGGCUGCAUCCUGUGCUGCGCCCUCCCGAUGUGGCGUGUGACGGCCUUCAUCGGCUACAACAUCGUCACGGCGCAAUUCACCUGGGAAGGGUUGUGGAUGGACUGCGUGGUCCAAAGCACCGGGCAGAUGCAGUGCAAGGUCUAUGACUCCAUGCUGGCCCUGGGGCAGGACAUCCAGGCUGCCCGGGCACUGAUCGUCAUCGCUAUCGUCUUGGGUGCCCUCGGGGUCCUGAUUUUCCUGAUGGGGGCCCAGUGUACCCGCUGCAUCGAGGAGGAGUCCACCAAAGCCAAGGUCACCAUCGUGGCGGGGGUCAUCUUCCUCUUGGCUGGCAUCCUCACCCUCAUCCCCGUCUCCUGGUCAGCCAACCAAAUCAUUCGCAACUUCUACAACACUCUGGUUCCUGAGGCCCAGAAACGGGAGCUGGGCGCAGCCCUCUAUAUUGGCUGGGCGGCCUCCGCCCUCCUUCUUUUUGGAGGUGCUUUGCUCUGCUGCUCCUGCCCCCCGAAAGAGGAAAGAUACCGACCCAGCAAUGUUGCCUACUCGGCUCCCAAGUCAACGAUGGCCAGCUACGACAAGAAAAACUACGUAUGAAAUGGCUGAGCCUUCCCACGGGUGUGGAGGGGAACGUCGCUGCGGGAUGUGUGCCCAGACGCCAUGGUUUCCUUGUUCAUCGAAAGAACAGCCACUAAAAUGUACAUAGACGUAUUAGGCUGUGACACUUCUUAAAGCCAAGGAUACCCAAGGCUCCCCUCUAAAUGGCACAACAAACGCUUCCCGGAAAGUAGAAGGAAACGUCUUUGGCGCCAUCUCCCUCGCACCUCUUCUCAUGGGUAGCGUUUGCCUUUGUCCGCCAUACAAUCCUUCUCCUCUUCCCGGACUUUGGUCAAGCCAAUGGUGGACUGGGCCCUGAAGCCCACACCCCAAGACUGAUCUGCAAUCCCUGGAGAGACUGGCAUGGGGGGGAUUGGGUUGUGGUCGACACACGGUUUGUAUAACCUUGGCAUUUCCCAGCAGACAGGGACCUGGGAGUCGUUGUGUUCAGCCACAGACGUGUAUAUAUUUGGAGGCCAUUUUGUCUACUUUUCGGAGGGGAAAUUGAUCAGGGAGUGGGGAGGAGGGCUGUGAUCGUUUUGUGCAGCAAGGUGAUGACGGUGGCAUCCAACAAGUGAGGAGGGGUGCAUUGGGUUGACUGGGCAAUUAUUAACCCAACGGUCGGGUUGUUGUCGGAGAUCAGUAGAAAGUAGGCUAGUGGGGGGCGGUGGCGAUAGACAAAGUCCUCUUUUUAAGUUAAGGAGGCUGUCUCAAAGGAAACCAAACCCUGCUGUUGGAGACAUGGGAAGGCAGUAGGUUGGAGGGUGAAUUUGAAGCCAGCCUGGCAGGUAUCUCUGAGGAAGUCACCAGGAACAAGGAGUCCAAGAUGGCCACUGUCCACCGGCUCUUCAUUUCCAGAGCCACGCCGGUGCUUGGUCGCCACUCCUUUGGACUGUGGGAUGUUGGCAACCAGAGCAAGGGGAAGAGAGACCAACUGGGCUAACCACAGCCCAGCGAUCCAAAUCAGGGCCAUCUUGAUCGACGACCAUCUGGGCUCUCCUCCGUGAGAGAUGAGGAAGUGGCAUGGGGUGGGGAGAGACCUUUGUUACAUGCGCCUGAAGGCAACCAUGACUUUGCCUCGUUCUUUCUAAUGAGUUACAAGGUGUUUCUGCUUUUGUUCCUUUCGCCCUGCGCCCUCCCAAAAUAAAAUUCUCUCUUCUAGUUACCCAA